GGACGAGUUACUUUGUCAAUGUCAGUGCUUAAUAUCAGGCGAUGCCAUAAAAAUUGCAGUGCUUCGCUGUCAUCAAUGAAAAUGAAAUCAGGAUCAGCUUCUGUCACUUUUCCAAAAGAUACACAUUCCGAUCAUAACCAACCAAAACUCGUCGGUCACGUGAUCAUAAUCACUCGGCCAAAUACAAAGACGCCUCGAUCAUAAUCAACCACGAAAUCGGUCGCGUGAGUUUUUGAAGCGGGGUCGAUCGGAUCCCGAUAUACGAACGAAGAAUUUUCGUGUUGUCGGUAACCAUAAUCAAUAAAAACAAAAUUAUCAUUGUCCCGAGCCAGACGAAAGACAAAGAGUUCUCAAUCGUCCAGUUUAUAAAUGUUUUUUCAAUCGUCCGCUCUAGCUAGGGUCUAUUUUCGCUUCGCUUUCUUCUCUUCAACCCAACGCGACAGGCUAAGCAUACCAAAUCUCGCAGUUCGCUCCGGCUACAGUGACCUACUCAAAAUCCAACUUUGAUUUUUUUACAUUGCAAUAUAAUGCUUUUCUGCAAGUAAAAGCUCAAACGAGGUACUUACUCAAGUUGUUAUUUGGCACCCGCUCGUCUCUACUGCGCACCUGGCCUUUCGUCUCGCUCGUGCCUUCUCAGUUUUUUCUAGCACAACGAUUAUCAUUGUACUCCAUGGCUUAGUAUCCGUAUCGUUUCGGUUUCCUUGACUCAGUCUUGUUUGCUAUUCCUAAAAAGUCAGAAGCAGAACAAGUAGAAACUACUGCGCAACUAUUCAAUUUUAAAGAGUUGAGGUUGGCAGCGCACGAAUAAAAUGAAAAUGAGUGCGCAACAAGGAGUCCGCUGGCGUGCGAUUUACUUUUGGUUCAUUAUCGUUGCGGUCGGCAGUUUUUGUGAAAUGUUCCAAUUCACCGCAGCUCUCCGAACGCAACUUCGGGCUCCGUCAAGGCCUGCGGGGAAACGUGAAGCGAGCGGUUGUUUGGGCAAGCAGACAGCCAUUUUUGUUGUCGCCGCAGGCAUCGCGGGGCUACAAGAACUAGCCGUUCAACAACGUCUUAAUGUUGGUCUAAGGGAGGACGAGCCCCCACAGCUGAGACUGACGGACAGCUGCCCUACUGGUAUAUGAAUCUGCUCAAAUAAUAUGUUUCACAGAAGUAACACCGUCAUCCUGAAAUAUUAUCUCAGGAUGAGGGUGUUACUUGGGUAGAUGUCAAGUUGAUAGAAGCAGCUACUGGAGCUCGAAUCAUUUUCAUUUCGUGCUAGAAAUCCAAUGCACAUCAGCAGCAGCUAGUAUGUAGAACCAGGUCUAGUUGUAGAAGUCGUAAACAAUAUUUGUUAAGUUAAUUGGUUGAGCAGCGUAAAAUGGAAUAUACAAUUACUUAUAGGUGGUGGUCUGGGUCCGUACGGCGCUACACAAAGCGAAGGAAGACUCCACGACCUUCAGUACGCGUCUAAGGUAGACACAGAAAACGAUAUGAUGCCGACCAAAGCCGCCAAGCUCGUUGCCGACAAGGCUUUGCAAGAUUUCGGUGCGCGGGUGUUGUCUUCUGCGGACAAUGCGACUUCUGACAUCGCAGAAGUCGCUGGAAACCUUUCUACGCAGGGAUGGGCGUUACUUUCCCGAGACAUCAUAGAGCUGCCUGACAACCUGGAGGGUGACAACUUCAUACCUGCUGGCUAUCCAAAAAAUAAUCCACCGGCUCGAAAGUAUGCAAAAGGCUGGCUCACAUCACACGCACAGAACAUUGCAGCUUCGAUCACGGACGCUCUUGCUGCACGGCAGCCUGCGAAUAAUCGCCGCGGAAGUGAAGAAGGAGAAAGCUUUCACAGUGGCAGUGCGCCCCCCCUUCUGAUCGCGCUGCCACCAGCGAGACUAAGCCACGUCCUCUGGGAGGAUGGCGAGGACGUUUCGAUUACUCCUUUCGAUAAAAGUUUCAGGGUGCCGUUUUUCCACAGGGACAACAACUACGCCGCGAAUGCACAGUGGUUCAAUGCAGCGGGGAUUUCAUCUCCAGGCCAGCGCCGGGGCCGGACCGGUGCCGCAGGCGGGGCUUUGGGUCAAGUAGUCUCGUGGUGGGUACCUCGAAGCAACGAGGAGGGCAAUGUUGCGCGCCAGCUAGUGAUUGCGAACGCGCAAACCUACAAGGGUGUAAACAAUUUUACGGCGCGCGAUGCUUCCGGGGCGCCAGUUCCGUGCAAUAUAGAGACGAGUUUGCAACACGGACCUUUGGCCCGUGGUGCGCCGCACAUUAUCCCUACUGCCUGUCUGGCCGACAAACUGCAUCGCGAGGAGGGCGCCGACCUGGCGGUAACGCCACCUGACGGAAACUUUGUCUUAAUGUUUUGGGGACACACAAAUCAAGAGAAAAUGGCGGAGCGUUACCGCGACGCUAGCCUCCUAUCAAGUGAUAGCGUUGUAGUUCCAGAAAUCUUUCCACCCGGUCCGGGCAUUCCACAUGCGUCGCUUUGGAAUGAGCAACAGAGAUGCCGAGCCGGCCCGAGUUACAACGCGCGGUCGGCAGUCGGGUUGCUGCGCGAUCUUGAUGCUGAGAGGAUGCUGCAAGAGUGGCGGAAAGCGAACGAGAGAUUGAACGAGCACAACACCCAGAUGCAGUCAGAAGGAAAGAUGGAGCACAUUUACCCGCAAGCCAUUGGCGCGCUACCCUGGUACCUCUUGCGCGAAAAGUUUUCUUCGAUUACCCUCGGCCCCGAAGACAGGGAAAAUCUGCAGAAAGUGCGCGCCGCGCUAGAGGAAAUCUACAAGGGUGAUUUGGACGAGAAAUCGAAGCGGGAGGUGCGAGAAAUCGUUGGUGGUGCGCUCGAUUGCAAAAGCAAACGUACGCGCAAGCAGGAAUGGAAAAAUAGAAAACAUUUCAAGAAACAUCCGAGGCGUGUGAAAAGAAAAAGUACUUGAAGAAGACAUCGGUAGUGAACGCAUUCAAGAUGAACUUGGUGGACCACCGGCAGACUCAUUUUCGUUUUUUUUCUACCGCUCUUUGUGGUCUUUCGUUUACAUGUUUCUUUCAGAAUAUCAAAGGUGCGGUGCUGGACGUAGAAGCAGUACUCUAAAGAGUUGUAAGAGAGCCAUCGCCAUCAACAUGCAGAGGAACCGUCCUAUCCGUAUCGGUAUCCUUAAGGAGGCGUUUCAAAAUGUGAACACAAUUUCAAUUUGAACGCUGACAUUGAUAAGCGCGUUGCAGCAUGCACGAAUAAAUUCAAAUGACGAGGAGAAAGCAACAACUGUCACCGCGAUAGUAGUACGAAUUUCAAUUUGAAUGUAUAAUGUGGAUUUUUUUUUGAGCAGCAAGUCGGUGGUCUUGAUUUUUGUGAGAACUCGGGAAUGGAAGAAGGGCCGGUGCUGGGUGUUAUCUCCCAAAAAGGCAGACACUCAGGGACCUGGACCACCGCCCAGCUCAUUACCUGAACUGAGAGCCCCUGCGGGUGAACAAGGAUAGUAGAAGUAGUACGCUUUACAUCGCAUACGAGAAUUCACGCCAGCGAUCUCCAAGUUUAUAGUUGUUAGGGCUCUCAAAGUAUUCUUCAAAUACUUGAAGGCUUUCCAGGUUUCCGGUUUUGCUGUCUGUUGAAAAAGAGUGACUUCUAAUUCUAAACGCGAAACGCGACAAACCAUUUUCUGGCCGAUCCUGGAGUUGCGAGUGCGUGGCUUCAGUUUUGAGCCCAAAUUGGGGGGCAGAAAGCUGCCCACCAAUUUCAACGCCCCAAGUCGAAGACGAAGUCCAAAUGCAAGGAAGACUUUAUUCGACGAACGCGAUGAAACAGUUACAGUUGUAGUAAAGUAGUAGUAGUAGUCGUAGUUUGAGCAGCAAGAUGAUGAUGGGGAGAGUGAGGUGGUGGCGAUGGAAGAAGCUACAUUUGCAAAAAAGUGCAAUGCUGUGAACACACACCCAGGGCGCUGCUACCAAGAAAGUCAGUCGCAUGCAGAGGGGACGUUUCCUCCUGUUUGCGCGUUUUGGAAUGGGACUGAGUGCAGUCUGAUCAUGUAUGAUGAGUUAUGGGUUUAGGGUUUGAAGUGAAGAAACUGUUCUGUAACUGGACGUCUUCGUUGUCUCGCCUUACUUUGUUUUCGCAAUGUGCAGAAAGACAAAAACAAUGAAAUCGCCCCUGCAGAGCAGUACGGCGACAUGGAC